UACAUAAUUCAUUAGAACAGUGUUAGCGGCUAACCAGUUCAACUGAGUGACCUGGGAAAUUAUCGGGAAAUCGACACCAUUUUUCACGCUUCCUCUUGUGUGUCUUUUCUGUUGACGUGGACAGAACGGCACCACACUUUUUAGAGGGUUUGGGUCGGAGGAUCAAUUAACUCCGGGAUCGCAGAGUGACAUCUUGACUGACUUACCGCAGAAGCGAUCAUGGCUCUUUGCCGAGAUCUGUGGUCCAGGAACCUCCUGGCUCUCUCUCUGCUCUUCUACUUCCUGCUAACUUUGGAUGUACACGCGCGUCCCGCCAACAUGUCAUCCUCCAAGGAUAAGUCUCCGGCCACUAAGGACGAGAACGAGAUCCUUCCACCGGACCACCUGAAUGGGUUAAAGAUGGAAAUGGAUGGCCACCUUAACAAGGACUUCCACCAGGAAGUGUUCCUGGGGAAAGAGAUGGACGACUUUGAAGAGGAUUCAGAGCCAAAGCGGAACAGGAAGAAGCUCAUUGAGAUUUUUACCAAAGUCGACGUCAACAAGGAUCGGAGUGUGAGUGCCAAGGAGAUGCAGCACUGGAUCGUGGAGAAGACGAAGGAGCACUUCAAGGAGGCCAUGGAGGAGAACAAGAACAGUUUCCGGGCCGUUGAUCCAGAUGGGGACGGUUACGUAACAUGGAAUGAGUACAAAGUCAAGUUUCUCGCCAGCAAAGGUUUUAAUGAAACAGAGGUUACUGAUAAAAUAAAGAAGAAAGAAGAGCUGAAACUGGACGAGGAAACUCAGGAGGUGUUGGAGAGCCUAAAGGACCGCUGGUUUCAAGCCGAUAAUCCUCCUGCUGACCAGCGGCUGGAUGAAGAGGAGUUCCUCUCCUUCCUCCACCCUGAGCACAGCAAAGGCAUGCUCAGAUACAUGGUGAAGGAAAUAGUGCGAGACUUGGACCAGGACAGAGACUGGAAGCUGACCCUGUCGGAGUUCAUCUCUUUACCCGUGGGCACCGUGGAGAACCAGCAGGGGCAGGACAUCGACGACGAUUGGGUCAAAGAGAGAAAGAAGGAGUUUGAGGAAGUCAUCGACUCGGACCGUGACGGCAUCGUAACCAUGAAUGAGCUGGAGGAGUACAUGGACCCGAUGAAUGAGCACAACGCUCUGAAUGAGGCCAAGCAGAUGAUUGCAGUUGCAGACGAGAACCAGAACCACCGCUUAGAGCUGGAAGAAAUCCUGAGGUACAGCGAAUACUUCACUGGCAGCAAGCUCAUGGAUUACGCCAGAAACGUGCACGAGGAAUUCUGAGCACAGAGCUUACAGACGCCUUCCCACCUCCACACACACACACACACACACACACGUGCACCCGCACACGCCUACACACACCUCCUAAAUCUGAUUCAGGGACAAGUCUGGAUCUGUUGUUUGUUUUAUCCCAUCACUGGCUUUUUUCCCCCAAACAUUGAAAGUUAACACGAUGUACUUUCUGUGCAACAUCAAACGGUAAUUUGGGGAUUUUGUCUUUUCCGAAUAAAUUUCUUAAAUUGUGAAAUGUGUGUAUAUGAUGUAUUUUAGCCCAGAAGGUACUGUUUGUGUUGGCUGGUGCAGUCAUUUCACCAGCAUGUCUGUAUACAGUGUAAAUAUUGACAUUUGUUGCAUAGUCAUAUGCUUGUUGGAGAGAACAGAGCUACUUGGAUGUAAUAUAGACAGUUAGUCUCAUUAAUAAGUCAUUGCUUUGAGUUUUUGUCUAAAAUUGAUUUCUGAUGCUCUUCUCUAAGUGUCACAGUAGGAAUAAUUGGAUUGAUUGAAAACCUGUUAAUGUUCCUAAAAGCUGCAUCAGUAAAAUAUAUAUAUAUGCAAAUAGAUAUAUAUAUCACAUAGCUCUUCAUUCAAAGUAGCUAAUUACAAAAAGAAUUAAGAAAGAAAUUAAUAUAUUACCAGUGGUUGUUACUUUGAUGAACAGAAAAAUAAAUUGCAUCUGAAUGCAACAUGUCUAUUUUCUUUCAUAAUGAUUAAAGCUCUGACUUUUCUAACAGCAGCUUAACUUCUUUAUACUUUUAUUCAUGUGGAUGAAGAUGGAUUUUAUUUAUUGACCCGUUUAAUUCUGAAUGUUUUAAUGCCUUGCACUUAUUUACUUUGGGUGUCCUUGUGUUGGUUCCUCAUAAUUAUUCAGGUUUCUGUGAAAUUCUCUGGGUAUUUUUUUUUAAUUAUUAUUAUUUUUAAAAGCAUGAAGAAAAAAAAAAAGUCCACAUGGAGCGUUUGGGAUCCUGCUGCUGGUUGUGCUGUCCUCGAUUCGAUUGUAAAAUAAGAUUUAUAAUAACAGAAUGUUUCGGCUUUUUAAAAUGUACAACAAAUAAACGUUUAUCAACCAAAACACAACUGAA